GAAUUCAAGAAGGACCCCGGUGUCCCUCGUUUACCCAGCCUAAAGGCUCGAAAUGCAGGAAAGCAUGCUCGCCCCCCACCCCGCGCCGACCCCGACGCCCAGAUGGCUUCGGAACCGACCCUCUCAUCCUUGGCCGCCCUUGCCGCAUCUACCUCAGAAGUCGACGACGGAGCGUACUCUGCUGACCCGUCGUCAUCCCGCGGCGCUCCGAAGACAAAAGAGCAGCUUCGCCGACACUACAUCCGCGCACUUCACAAAGUGAUCGACGAGGCGGACAUCAUCGUACUGGUUCUGGAUGCACGAGAUCCGGAAGGUUGCCGCAGCAGGCUCGUGGAGGAGGAAGUACGUCGGAGGGAGGCCGAAGGGAAGCGUUUGGUCUUUGUUUUGAACAAAGUUGGUGAGCGCAUAUCUAGUUCCCUCAUAUUGCUCGUAGAUCUUGUCCCGAGAGACAACGCAGAAGCGUGGCUGCGCUACCUCCGACAUACGACCCCCACCCUCCCCUUCAAGUCCGCCAGCUCCAACCAACGCACCAACCUCUCGUCCUCCACAGCCCCAGCCCUCCUCCGACUCCUUAAAGCGUACAAGCCCAGCGCGCAGAGCAUCACCGUCGGCAUCGUCGGGUACCCCAACGUCGGCAAGAGCAGCCUCAUCAACUCGCUCAAGCGCUCCAAGGUCUGCGCCGUCGCCGCCCAGCCGGGGCACACCAAAGAGCUCCAGACGGUCCAGCUCGAGCGAGGGCUGCGCAUCAUCGACUCGCCCGGCGUCGUCUUCGACGAGGACGACUUCGACGACGGCAAGUCCGCGCGCAAGUCGAACCUCCUCCUCCGCAACGUGGUGAAGGUCGAGGACGUCGAGGACCCCGUCACGCUCGUCGAGGAGAUCCUCGCGCGCACGGACCCCGCCACCAUCAAGAAGCUCUACAACGUGGAGGACUACUCGUCUCCUCUGGAGUUCCUCACCAUGCUCGCGCUGCUCACGGGGCGGCUGCUGAAGGGCGGCACCCCGGAUAUACUCGCGGCAGCGAGGCACGUGCUCAUGGACUGGAACCACCAGAAGAUCCCGUACUUCUCUCUGCCGCCCAGCGUGCACCCGUCGCUCGUCCCCUCGACCGUCCCGGGCACGAGUGGCGGGCAGGUCGCGCCUGGGGCAGAGGCGGUCGGGCAGGCGCAGAUCCUCACUGAGCUCUCGCAGCCGUUCCAGCUCGCGGGCCUGUUCGGCCAGGCGGAUGCAGGCGCGUUCGGCGCUGCCGCCCAAGGAGAGGGCGCGGACGCGGAGAUGGAGGAGGAUCCGGACGCGUUCGUCCCCGAUGUGGAGUCCAUGGACGAGGACGGGAAACAAAUGGAGUCGGACGACCUCGCCCCGCGCAUCCCGCGCAAACGCUCCCGCAGCCCCAGCCCCUCUACGCUCUCCAUCGCGACGCUCGCCCCCUCCGACGCCCCGUCCUAUCAAUCCAAUAAGGCGACACGUUCACAGGUGACGAUCGACGACAACGCACGCCCGCCUGCCCCGAAACGCCUCCGGCGCUCGCACGACGUGCCCGACUACCAUGCGCCAGUGGAUGAGCACGCGCGGCGGGGCAUGGCAGGUGCAAACCCGUUAAGCAGGAAGGUUCUCAAGAAGGAGGCGAAGAAGGCGCGUCGGACGGCAAAUCGCGCUGCGCAGGCCGAGCGGGUGCGCGCAGGACUCGGUAUGGACGUGGAUGAGGACGUGGUGCUCGAGACGACGUUCAUGGGUUGA